AUGGAGGCCGCCGUGGCGGCAUUGGAGGCAGCCGCGAAGAGGACCGCUCGAGCGGCCUCGGCUGCGAAAGAGGCUGCGGUGGCGGCCUCGGCCGCUGCGACGGAGGCUGCAGGGGUGGCCUCGGCUGCGAAGGAGGCUGUUGCGGCGGCCUUGGCUACUGCAGAGCAGGCGGCGGCGGCAUCGUCGAGAGCGAAAGAGGUUGCGAUGGCGGCGGAGGCUGCCGCGAAAGAGUCGGCAGCUGAUGCAGCGGCGACCGCGGAGGAGCUGGCGGCGGCGAUGCGCUAUUCUAAGAAGCGUAGAUUCCAUCACGGAGGGAGUGGCGGCGGCAACCCCGAUGACAGGAGAAACCUCGAUUUCAUCAGCGCCCUCCCUGACGAGGUCCUUGGCAGCAUCAUCUCCCUCCUCCCCACCAAGGACGGGGCCCGCACACAGGCUAUCUCUCGCCGGUGGCUUCCCCUCUGGCGCUCCGCGCCGCUUAAUCUCGAGGUUUCGUUUAAACAGGGUAUAAAGAACAUCAAGCUCAUCGCCUUGGUCUCGAAGAUCCUCUCUAAACACCGUGGCCAUGCCCGCCGAUUACAUCUCUUCUUGUUCAACCCCACUGACAUCCCUGCGCGCGGCGGGGAGAGCAAGAUCGAUGGUUGGCUUCGGUCUCAAGUGCUCGACGGCCUACAGAAGCUUGAUUUCAUCUACAGGAACAUGGACAUGCCACUGUCAGUGUUCCGCUUUGCUCCCACGCUCCGUUUCGCUAGAUUCAGCUGUUGCAAUUUCCCUGAAUCAGUUUCAGCUCUGCGUCUGAAAUUCCCAUGCCUCAAGCAGCUCACCCUGCACAUGGUCACCACUACGGAUGGCCUCCACAGCAUGCUCACUGGCUGCACUGCCUUGGAAAGCCUUGAGCUGAGCCAAAUUUGUGGCAAAGGUGGCCUUUGCAUUAGCUCCCAAACUCUUAGGAGCAUAGCCUUCUCCGCUGACGAUAAAAACGAAGGCGAUAUUUUUCACCUAGUCAUCAAAGAAGCCCCUGCUCUUGAAAGAUUGCUACCACUCUCUUUUUAUGAGGGUCAAGCGACCAUCCGGGUAAUUCGGGCACCUAAACUGGAGAUAUUUGGUUUGCUAUCUGAAGGCAUGCCCAAAGUCCAGUUUGGAACAACAAUUUUUGAGAAAAUGAUUGCUGUCAGCUUAAGUACCAAAAUUCAUACCAUGAAGGUUUUGGUUCUUGUCUCUAUUGGCCCUAAUCUGGAUGAAGUUCUUGACUUCCUCAAGUGCUUCCCCUCCUUGGUGAGGCUGUAUGUCAUUUCACACCCAACAAAGGACAUUGUGAGGAAGUACGGCCCAUUGGAUUCAAUUCAGUGCCUUGAGCUUAGUCUAAAGAAAUUGGUGUUAAUGAAUUACGAUGGUAGCAAGAGGUCAUCUGUUGACUUUGCAAGGUUCUUUAUUUUGAAUACUAAAAUGCUAAAAGAAAUGGAAAUCCAAGUUCUUAACAACGGAAACGACGACUGGAUGACCAAUCAACACAAGCAGCUAUGUGUGGAAAAUAGAGCUUCUCUAGAUGCUCGAAUUGAACUGAAAAUUAAAGAUAAGAAAAGCUUCAUGCGCGUGGAUACCCAUGAUUUGUCAAUGGCUGAUCCAUUUGCCUUCAUGUCCUACAAUCAAUACUACAAGAUGGGUUGGUGUUCAUACUAA